AUGUGUUUAAAAAAUGAUCAACGUAUCGAUGAAAGAAUCAACGAAAAGAAUUUACCUGGAAAUUGCUGGCGAAAGAAAAACUUAAGACAUCUCACAAUCGUGUUGUUGUUGACACAUCCUUUUACACACAUGGGACGUGUCUCGAUGUUGGCAGUUCAUUUCAACGUCUUGUCGAGCAUGUUUACACUAUGUUUAACACUUAAGUGA